AUGGCUUCGAACAUGAAAGAUUUGUGUAGAUUAUGUGCUAAGAAAGAUGGGUUUCUGAAAGACCUACUGGACGAAAAUAAUAAAAAUAUUCUGAAAUUGUUGCAAGAUUUUAUUCAAAUAAUCAUAUAUGAAAAUGAUGUUUUGCCAACAAAAAUUUGUAUGAACUGUGAAGUCAAAAUGCAGUCCAUUGAAUUAUUUAUUUUGGAAUGCAUAAAAGCACAGGAUACAUUAAAAAAGAUGCAUGAUGGAAAUGUGGAUGACAUCAAGCUUGAAUGCCCUCAGGCCCCUAUUGAAUUCAACAUCCAUAUAAAAUCUGAGGUUAAAGAUGAAGUAUCUGCUGAAGAUAUUGUAUGUGCAUUGAACAAUGAUGCAUCACUAUCUAUGAUUGAUAUCUUCCCAGACAGACAAAGUGGUGAUGAUGAAGUAGACAUACACAAUGAUGAUGAAGAUGAUUAUCUUGAUGAUAUUGCUAUAGCAUCAUUGAAACCAGUCAAACGACAUCGCAAAAAAAGAAAAGAAAUGACAGAAAAAGAGACAGAAGAGUUCAAUAAUGUUCUUAAAAAGCCUUGUUUAAAAGUGAAGGAUUUUGUAAAAUUGCAGUGUGAGUUGUGUGGAGAGAAAUCAAAAACAUGGAGCGGGUUACGAGUACAUUUUCUAAAUGAGCAUAACCAUGAACCAUAUGUGUACUGCCUCUGUGGUUUUGCAGUCAAAUCGAAAAGUGUGCUUUACAAACAUGUAUCAGACCAUAAAAUAGAAAGUAGGAAAGUAAGAAAGAAUUCAGACGAAACUGAUGAUGAAGAAGGAAAAAAGAAUUUAAAAUAUGAUAGUUUGAAUGUGAAAGACUUUAUAAGAUUUUUGUGUUCUCAUUGUGAACAGGAGUUUGCGAGCUGGUAUAGACUGAAAGAGCACUCUGAAGUGGCACAUAAAGUGUCGCCAAUAGUGACUUGUAUCUGUGGUAUCACACUUAAAUCUAAGUCUGUUAUGUACAAGCACGUACAAGACCACAGGAACCCCAAUUUACUAUCCUGUGAUAAAUGCCCACGUGUAACAAAAACAUUAGCUGCCUUAAAUAAACAUAAGAUGCGACACAUACCUAAAUCAGAGAGGAAGUUCUGUUGUGCAUCAUGUGAAAAAAUAUUCUAUUCAAAGGAAGCAUUGAAAUCUCACGAAAGAUCUCACAUACCUAUAGAGGAGCGGAAAAUAUACCGAUGUGAUAUAUGCAACAUGAAGUUUACGACUCGUUCGUCGGCAGCGUCUCACAAGCGCGUGGUGCACGACAAGAUCAAGGGCUACGUCUGCGACCUGUGCGGGUACGCGUGCGGGACUAAUGGAGAGCUGCGCCAGCACCGCGCUAUACACAGCGACGACAAGCCUUUCGUUUGCAGGAAAUGCUCUAAAUCAUUUAAGACUUAUUCGAACCUGAAGACGCAUUUGGAUACUCAUGAAGACACGUCGUAUGAAUGCUACAUUUGUAGGCGAGUGCUGAAUAGUCGGCGCACACUGCGCAAACAUCUGUUAGUACACGAAGACAAAUGUAGGCAUGUGUGCUCCUACUGCAACAAGGCGUUCAAGAGAAGACAGACUUUGAAGGUGCACAUGUACACACACACGGGCGACAAACCACUCUCGUGCAAAUGGUGCGACGAACGGUUCUCGUACGCAUCAACGUUGCGCUCGCAUCGCCUGCGUUGUCACCCGGACAAGAUGGCACCGCUACCUACGCACGAAACUUAUUCUGCCUAUGGUCAACUCAGUAUGCAAGAGAACUAUAUCAAGGAUGUGCCACCUGUGAACGUACCGGUGCCGAAGAACGAAGUCGAGGCUAUGUAG